CCUGGAGCCGUCCGGAUGGCGGCUGCAACAGCCCCAGCCACUGCCACUCACGCACGCACGCUGCCACUUGCCCCCGCACCCUCCGCACCGCACGCGGGAGAGCGGCGCGUGCAGGAGCUGCUGGGCUGAGCUCCCCCGCUGGGGUCCCCGCGCGGCAAGACCGCGCUCCUGCCGCCACCCGAGUGGGUGCCCCCGACCGUUCGCCUCGGCUGUCCCUGGCGAACCGGCUCCCCGCCCCCUCCUCCCGCGCCCUCCCCUCCCUUCUCCCUCCCCUCCCUCUGCAACGCCUGCAUUAUUUUCCGCCCGCAGGGUCCGCGCGCACACCGCGGCCUCGGCGGGGGAGGUGACCGGGUGGGUGGCUGGGUGGGUGGCUGGCUGGCUGGCGGGGAGUACAGCGUGCAAGUUGCAGGGAAGGGGUGCCCGCUCCUUCCGCGCUUUCCGUGCUCCCGGCUCCUCACUCCUUCCCCCCUCCUCCUCGCCUCCUCCCUCCCCGCCCCCACCUCCUUCCUCCUCUCCGAAGGGCUGGUAACUUGUUGUGCGGAGCGGACGGCGACAACGACGGCGGCGGCGGCGGCACCAUCCGGGCGGGCAGCAUGGGCACGUCCGCGCGCUGGGCGCUGUGGCUGCUGCUCGCGUUGUGCUGGGCGCCCCGGGACAGCGGCGCCUCUGCAAGCGGGAAAAAAGCCAAAUGUGAUACUUCCCAAUUCCAGUGCACAAAUGGCCGCUGCAUUACUCUGCUGUGGAAAUGUGAUGGCGAUGAAGACUGUGUUGAUGGCAGUGAUGAGAAGAACUGUGUAAAGAAGACAUGUGCUGAGUCUGACUUCGUGUGCAAAAAUGGCCAGUGUGUUCCUAACAGAUGGCAGUGUGAUGGGGACCCUGAUUGUGAAGACGGUUCUGAUGAAAGCCCCGAACAGUGCCAUAUGAGAACAUGCCGCAUAAAUGAAAUCAGCUGUGGCGCCCGUUCUACUCAGUGUAUCCCAGUGUCCUGGAGAUGCGAUGGUGAGAGUGAUUGUGACAAUGGCGAAGAUGAAGAAAACUGUGGCAACAUAACAUGUAGUGCUGAUGAGUUCACUUGCUCCAGCGGCCGCUGUGUCUCCAGGAACUUUGUGUGUAAUGGCCAGGACGACUGUGAUGAUGGCAGUGAUGAGCUGGACUGUGCCCCACCGACCUGCGGGGCUCAUGAGUUCCAGUGCAGCACCUCUUCCUGCAUCCCCCUCAGCUGGGUGUGUGAUGAUGACGCAGAUUGUUCUGACCAGUCGGACGAGUCUCUUGAACAGUGUGGCCGUCAGCCAGUGAUACAUACCAAAUGUCCCGCCAGCGAGAUCCAGUGUGGCUCUGGCGAGUGCAUUCACAAAAAAUGGCGAUGCGAUGGAGAUCCUGACUGCAAGGAUGGCAGUGAUGAGGUCAACUGCCCAUCUCGAACCUGCAGACCUGACCAGUUUGAGUGUGAAGACGGUAGCUGUAUCCAUGGCAGCAGGCAGUGCAACGGCAUCCGAGACUGUGUUGAUGGCUCUGAUGAAAUCAACUGCAAAAACGUCAAUCAGUGCUUGGGCCCUGGAAAGUUCAAGUGCAGAAGUGGAGAAUGCAUAGACAUCAGCAAAGUGUGUGACCAGGAGCAGGACUGCAGAGACUGGAGUGAUGAGCCCCUGAAGGAAUGCAAUAUCAAUGAAUGCUUGGUCAAUAACGGUGGCUGUUCCCACAUCUGCAAAGACCUAGUUAUAGGCUAUGAAUGUGACUGCGCAGCUGGGUUUGAACUGAUAGAUAGGAAAACCUGUGGAGAUAUUGAUGAAUGCCAAAAUCCGGGGAUCUGCAGUCAAAUUUGUAUCAACUUAAAAGGCGGUUACAAGUGUGAAUGUAGUCGUGGCUAUCAAAUGGAUCUUGCCACUGGCGUGUGCAAGGCAGUAGGCAGAGAGCCAAGUCUGAUCUUCACUAAUCGAAGAGACAUCAGGAAGAUUGGCCUAGAGAGGAAGGAAUACAUCCAACUUGUAGAACAGCUAAGAAACACGGUGGCUCUCGAUGCUGACAUUGCAGCUCAGAAGCUAUUUUGGGCUGAUCUAAGCCAAAAGGCCAUCUUCAGUGCCUCAAUUGAUGACAAGGUUGGUAGACAUUUUAAAAUGAUCGACAAUGUCUAUAAUCCUGCAGCCAUUGCUGUUGAUUGGGUGUACAAGACCAUCUACUGGACUGAUGCGGCUUCUAAGACUAUUUCAGUAGCUACCCUAGACGGAGCCAAGAGGAAGUUCCUGUUUAAUUCUGACUUGCGAGAGCCUGCCUCCAUAGCUGUGGACCCGUUGUCUGGCUUUGUUUACUGGUCAGACUGGGGCGAGCCAGCUAAAAUAGAAAAAGCAGGGAUGAAUGGAUUUGAUAGACGUCCACUGGUGACUGAGGAUAUCCAAUGGCCUAAUGGAAUUACACUUGGUAUGUAUGUCCUUCUCGCUCCUUCACUGGUAACUCCCUUCAUUGUGUUCAAACGUAUGCUCAUUGUAAAUUUGGAUCGUGUCUACUGGAUAGAUGGAGAAAAUGAAGCAGUGUAUGGUGCCAAUAAGUUCACUGGGUCAGAGCUGGCUACUCUAGUCAAUAACCUCAACGAUGCCCAAGACAUCAUUGUCUACCAUGAACUCGUUCAGCCACCAGGUAAAAAUUGGUGUGAAGAAGAUAUGGAGAAUGGAGGAUGUGAAUACCUCUGCCUGCCAGCACCACAGAUUAGUGACCACUCUCCGAAAUAUACCUGUUCCUGUCCCAAUGGGUACAGUCUCGAGGAGAAUGGACGAGCGUGUCAAAGUACUUCAACUCCUGUGACUUACAGUGAGACAAAAGAUAUCAACACAACAGAUAUUCUACGUACUAGUGGACUGGUUCCUGGAGGGAUCAAUGUGACCACAGCAGUAUCAGAGGUCAGUGUUCCCCCAAAAGGAACUUCAGCUGCCUGGGCCAUCCUUCCUCUCUUGCUCUUGGUAAUGGCAGCAGUAGGUGGCUACUUGAUGUGGCGGAACUGGCAACAUAAAAACAUGAAAAGCAUGAACUUCGACAAUCCUGUGUACUUAAAGACAACUGAAGAGGACCUCUCAAUAGACAUUGGUAGACACAGUGCUUCUGUGGGACACACAUACCCAGCAAUAUCAGUUGUAAGCACAGAUGAUGAUCUGGCUUGACCUCUGAAUAAGUCUUGACCUCUGAGGUCUAAGCCAACAACACUCCACUCCAGAAUGGUAACCGAACCAGCGCUGAAGUCGCCUUUCUUCCUCCCAUCUGGAAGAACAUCAAGAUAUCUUUCCAUGGAUCAAGUUUGUGUACUUGACCAUUUUUAUAUUACUUUUGUAAAUAUUCUUGGUCACAUUCUACUUCAGCUUUGGAUGUGGUUACCAAGUAUCUGUAACCCUUGGAUCUCUAGACAGUAUUGCCAUCUCUGGCCAAAUAUGCACUUUCCCUAGAAAGCCAUAGUCCAGCAAUGAACCUUGUGCUAUAGUGAAUCCCACCUGUACAUACAUUGUAUAGGCCACCUGUACAUAUCCCAGAGAACAAUCACUAUUCUUAAGCACUUUGAAGAUAUUUCUAUGUAAAUUAUUGUAAACUUUUUCAAUGGUUGGGACAAUGGCAAUAGGAUAAAACGGGUUACUAAGAUGAAAUUGCCAAAAAAAAAAUUUGUAAACUAAUUUUGUACGUAUGAAUGAAAUCUUUGACCUCUGUGGAGGUUUGCAAAGACUGACUUCAAACUACUGUACAUUUUUUUUCAAGUGCUAAAAAAUUAAACCACACAGCUUAACCAUGUUUUGAUUAUUCCUCUAAAAUGAACACUGGGAACAGCCUGUGUAUCACCAAAUGUUCUAGACAUUUGAGCUAUAGCUCUUGGUGUUGUAUACCUAGCCUAUAAUUGGACUAGCAUCUUUUACAACCAAGUGCUAACUAAAGAAAUAGCUACCAUUUAAUAUUUGUUCCCCUGAAUUUAUCAACCUUCCUUCCUUCCUUCCUUCCUUCCUUCCUUCCUUCCUUCCUUCCUUCCUUCCUUCCUUCCUUCUUUCUUUCUUUGCUGGCCUCAGGCUUGCCGUGUUCCUGCCUCAGCUUCCUAACUUCAAGGAUUACAUGUCUCAUGUCUGUACCACUACACCCAGCUGACGUAUUUCUUAUUUUAUAAAAGACACUGUCUUCCCAGAAUUCCUUUUGCUUGCAGAAGAUUCCCAUUCCUUCUCUUUUUUUCACAAUGAUCUAGAAUCCAUGCUAAGAUUUCCACAAGUUCUCAUGCUUUGUUGUUCAUGUUCUGUCAUGAAUUGUAGGUCAAAGAUAAGUGCCUUCCACGGCAUAGGGAAGGGUUUACUCUAACAAGAGCCUGACUUGUCUUACCGUGAAGAUGAGUAGGAAGGAUACUAGGCAGCAUUGUUGUUAAACAGCCUAAGUUGUGGUUCUCAGCAUGCACCCAGGAACAGCAGUAUCACUGCUAGGAACUUAACAGAAAUGAAAAUUCUUGGGCCUCACCCCAAACCUACUUAAUCAGAAACCCCAGUAAUGGGGACCAGGAAACUCUUCAUAUAGUUCUGAUAUAACCUAAAGUUUGAUAAAAACUAUUCUUAUAUGGCUUCAUGGAGAUUAUAAUUGUAAUGUGUUCAACACAUUGCCAGUCUAUAGCAUCAGACAUGUAGACAUGUUCUUUCUAUGGAGAAUUUGUGGACCUUUGUGUGGAGAACAGCUGGGGAGUUGGAGGUGGAAAAGGGGUAUUGUAUCAGGGGAGAGUUUUCCAUCACAUUGGCCAUCACGUCCUUACUCUGGCAUCUCAAGACAUCUAAAAGUGGAGAAAGAUGGCUUAAAGCACAGACGAGAUCCUCCAGUAACUCCACUGUGAGGUGGGCACAGUAGAAAGGGCACUGGUUCCUUGGGGAUGAGAUGGCUGAGCUAGCAUCUAAAACAGACAAGGUCAUCUCAUUUUUAAGAACCUUGUCUCCUCUGCAGAAACCUAGCAUUAGCUAGAACUAACUGUAUUUUAAAAGGCACAAAGUCAUUUUAAAAAAUGAAGUGCUUAAAUAUUGAUAGAGCGUUGAUGAGUAUUGCUAGAGAGGUUAGUUACCUGAUGAGACUGCUAAGUGAUUCAGUGGACAACAGUUCACAAGGGAUGAGAACCCUGAACUUUAUCACCCAUACAAGAGCUUGAGGACUGUAUGUGAGAUGGGUUGACGUAAAUUGGCUGUAUCUCUAGAGUUUAAUGUAGUGGAUAACUGAUUAAGAGGUAAACCAUGAAACAUCAAAUUCUUAGAAAGGAUAUUUAUAAUUAAACCUGUCACAUGAGGCCACAGUGAGUGGAACCUCAAGGCACUUGAGGAAUACCUGCAAAGGACAGACAAAUCAACAGAUUUGUGGAUCCUGGUAAAGAAAUUCAGCCAAGUCUAGGAGUCCAAAAUUUUAAGUGUUUGUUGCAAGCUACAUGCUCCUUGGCAAGAAGCAGGCCCAGUAGAUCACUGGUUCCCUUAGAAUAUUCUAACAGCUACUUCAAAGAUUUGGCAUCAUUUCUGAGCCUUUGGAUCUGGAUAAAUAGAGGGCAAAAAUAAUUCUUUGAGGCUUCAACUUGGGCACUUGCCUUGACUCCCUUUAUUAUUAGAAGGCAGACAUCCCCUCUCAAAAAUGAGCAGGCAGGUUUUAAAUGGCACAGUUGCUGACCAGUUAAAGGAGUGCCGUUUCAGUUGGAAACAUUGCAGAAAUCUGAGACCCACCUAAUGUCUAGCUUUUAACUUCACCCCCAUCCAAAGAUGCUGGUGGACUUCCCAUGUAUCGUGUAGUUAAACAAAAUUGAUUUCCUAGCAUUCUUACCUAGUAAAAUCUUGCCUACUGGAACAGUAUGUUCCCUUAAAUCCAAAUAAAUGGUCACACUUCUUUCUUUUACUUCUGGCAAAAUAAAUAAAUAAAUAAAGCAACCACAGACCCUUUUGCUUACUUAGGUUCAAGAACAAAACAAAAUGCUACUCCUGAUCCAGAACUUUGAGCCCUUCAUUUCUGAAGCCAAUGUUUUGCCCUCUUUGGAAAGACUGAGAAUUUCGUCCCUAUUGUAGCCAUAGUCUAGACCCUAACACUGGGCUAAUUCUAGAAAUGUAAAAAAGUCCAAGAAGGUGUCUUGUUUUCAAGGAGAAAGAGGAAGAUGAGACAGUCAUGGUUCAGGUUUUGUUGUUUGUUUGUUUUUCUCACAUCCAGCACAGAGGUUUCCAGCUCACAAGAACUUCAUGGAAAGGACAAUAUCCACCAUUUUUGUAUGAAUCUCAUUCUCACCUACCUUCACCAAUGAAAAGCUGAAUGUUAGUUAAUAGAGAGUCCGAAAUUGAGGUUUGCGAUCACAUGUCCCAUCUCUUUACAGCAUCACUUCAAUCUGUUUAGUGUUUCUGAACCUGGUUCUUCCAAGAAACAGGAAUGAAGUGGGACCACAGACCCAGAGUCCAUUUAAGUCCUCCUGUAUGUGUCUGUGUGGACCCUGAGACAAGUGUGAGACAGGGAGUAUGUGGGCGGGGUGGGCUCAGCAGGAACUCGGGGAUAUCUCAAGAAUGGCUGCUUCUUGGCUGUGCUUGGUGGCCGAGUUAGAUGGGCGGCUUGGUGGGUGUGUUUAGAGGUCUACACAUUAUGUCAAUAGCAUGUAUUUCUCUGUCCUGGGUGUGCUAGCUCGGUCAAGUCACCAAGCAUCUCUGUGGUAUGGAGAUGAUAGGGAUACACUGGGACAAUGGGAUGGAGGAGUCCAAGAGCUCAGCCCAGUGCCUGGCAUUUGGUGUGUAUGGGCAAACGUACUGACUAUCACUGUCAGUAUGUGUUCUCACACAGCCUGAGAACUGGUAAGUGACUACCAGUGAGCACGGCAGGCAGAUUCACUCAUUGAGUAACAAGAGCCUUUCCUCGCCCUGAAUGGUUGUUCCCCAUCACACUGAAGUCUGAAGUUCAGGAUUUUUACCUCAUACAGGUGAAAGGCCUUAAAGGAUGAUAUGGUUUAAACCUUAGAAUCACAGCUGGUAUGUGUCUACCUCCAGCUUUGACUGCUUCUCCUAGGAUGUGGAAACACAUAUUGGCACCUGCAGAGUCUUUAAAUGGCUAAAUGUUUGUAAUGACCUUUCAGUUCUUACCAUAUGCUUAAUGUCAUGUUAUAUAAAGUCUUCUCCCAUCAUAUCAGAUCCUCACAGUAACCCUAAUAGGAAAGCAUCUUCAUUCUGCAUAUGUGAAAGCUAAGGACAUGAACCAUGUAAGAUCCCAAACUAAGUACGCUGCCAUUGUCUCGGGAGAGGGUGCUGUCCUGUGCAAAUGUUAAGGUGGAUAUCACAUUGUAUGUUUGCUGAGUCUCCUUUUCUACAGAUGGUAGAGCACAUCUGCAGUUUCUCAGUUGUUUUAGAUUCCCCAUCCAGCAAGAUGGUGCCCAGAACUAGAAAGCUGGCAUGGUACCAUGAACAUGGUACCAGAACAGCAUGGUAGCACUCGGUUAAGUCUAGUAUCUUGGCAGCCAUCAAGGGAUAGCUUUAAAGCAAAGGUUCCCUGCAGGAACUUAGAGACAUCACAUCAGUCCCUAGCAGAGCAUGUUAGAAGAAGGCAUGCUACCACACAGUAAUUUUCAGUUUCCAAGGUAGCCAAGUGGACAAUUCGCCAGAGGAGACAGGAAGGAACGUGGUUUGUUCACAGAGUGAUGGUGCUGUGACUUCAAAACUGAUCUCAACUGUUCUAGAAUCUGCCCUAACACCUGGCUGUUUCUCAAUUGACAUGUACACUUGGAAAGAAAGGAAUGUUUUGAACAAAAUUACUUUCACAAAACUGUCUCGCCUCUUUUAAACAUCACACUUGAUACUAAGAAUAUGAUUUAAGAGCAUGUGAUGCCUCAGAAGGCCCAUGAACACACCCUGACCAUUGCCUUAGGGUCGUCACUGUUGUAAGGGCACACGUUGGAACACAUUCAGUCCUUCUGACCUGUAGAUAACUAUUUUUCUCUAAAUGAACUGUACAUUUAUCUUAAAUAAAAAUUUAUUUUUGAGAUAA